CAGGAUCAUUCCUGCUGGGCUGAGCUGACGGUUAGAAUAUUCAAGCCGUAGCACAAAGAACUGAAGUUACACUGGGUUUUGUUUUAUGUUUUCAAAUAACGAAUUCCAUCUCUGCAGUACCAAGUAUUUGAUAGGAAAAGCUGGAAUUCUCGAACCUUGAUAAUCCCAACGAAUCUGGGUAAAAAGAAAGGAAUCGGAUUCCAAGUUGGGUUGCUUCCCGUCCUUCAGGGAGUGAAGGUGUCCUGGCUUUGCUGUGCUGGGAUGGCUCUGUACCUCAGCUGCUGUCUGCUGCUCUCUCUGCUGUGCAGUCCUGUCUGCCAGUGCCACUGGCCCCCAGGGGGGCUGCACCCCAAGAACGAGGUCCUGCUGUACCCCUCCCCAGUGCUCCCCGAGGGUAGGAUCACCAGUGUCCAGCUCAAGCGGAACAGCCCCAAGAGGUGGUACUUUGCAGUACAGGAAGCCCGCUCUCCGUACUCCAUCACAGUGACUCCAUGCGACGUUCCCAUCGAAUGGAGGUUAUCAGCCAAGACACUCCUGGCAAAGCCCGUCAGUACAAUUCACUUGGAAUCUAAAAAGAGCAAGACUGAACAGUACUGGAGGACUUCAGAGGCUGUGGUGGAUCUCUUCAUCUACAGUGGGAACUCAGCGGAGACGUUCACAGGCCAUUUCUCCAGCAAGACCCUGUACACUAUAAUGCUUCUGUCGACAGAGAGGGACACUCAGGUCACGAUGUACCUGACGACUCGUGACAGACCCCGGGGACUCAUCCCUGAGCUGCCCUUGGACCCCCAGGUGGACACGGUCGGAGUGGGGAUGACCAGCGUGACCAUCUCCUGGGAGCCCAGUCCUUCUGUCCUGCAGCAACGUCAGCAGCAGGACUUUCAUUACUGCCUCCUGGUCAACCGCUGGCAUAACUACAAGAGCUUGUGUGCAGCUGAAACUGCUAUGAAGAAGAAGGAGGUGGAGAAGCCAUCUUCCAUGGGAUCAUGGUGGUGGCAUGGUUCUUCUGAAAUAUCCACCAAUCUCCAUCCUGGUCAGCAUACAGCACUGAAGUCUUCUGGUGAUAAAAGCUCAGCUGUAACUGGGGUCUGCACUGGCACAGAGAACAUCUACACGUUUUCAGAUCUCCUCCCAGAGACCCAGUACUACUUUGAUGUCUUUGUGGUCAACAGACUGAACCAAACCAGCAGCACAUACACUGGGACCAUCGCCCACACUCUCCCGGAGCCUCAGCCAGAGGUGGUUCAGCUGAUAGAUGCGGAGAUAAUACGGGUGGACCUCGAGGGGAGGAGGCCCCAGCAGCAAUACAGCUUUAGACCUAAGAGCUGGCAACGGAGUGCAUUGUUCACCUUCCAAACUUGCACGAGGGGGCAGGUACGGGUCAAGAUCACCAGCAAGGGGCGAACGCUGGCCUCUCAGGUGGUGGAUGGGCUUGGGCGGAUCUUGCUGGAAGGAAAGCCGAAAUACGUUCUGCAGCUGGAGCCUGUGUCAAAGUCCGGGGCUUCUCUUAAAAUCCAAGCCUCCACUGCAUACCACAAACCAGCCUUUCCUCUACUGCCAGAGAGCCUGAAUGUCAAGUCCUUCAGCAAACUGAGAACGUGCAAUUCAGUCACACUGGCCUGGCUGGGAACCCAGGAACGGAGCAAGUACUGCGUCUACAGGAAGAGGAUUGCUGAAACCCAACUGCAGCUGGUGAAGAAGAAGAAGGACGAUGACAGGUGCUCAGGGCCGGAGUCUAGGAGGAAAGCAGAGAAAGUGCUCUGCAAAUACUUCCAGGAGCUGAACCCUCUGCGAGCAGUAACCACAGCUACCGUCGCAGGGCUGGAGCCGGGCACAUCUUACCUGUUUGAUGUGUAUCUAAUCGGACAAUGGGGAUUCCCAAUCAAGUACCGCAGUAAAGUGGUGAGGACCAGGAAAGCGUGUUGAGUUUCCUGGCUAAUGUAUGCAUAUAUGACUGCAUGGACUGGAGUCGGUCUGUAAAUAGCUAUUUCUUCUUUAGUGUAUGUUUUUGUAUAGAGUGUUAUGUUUAUUGCACAUCAUUUCAUUUAUUUAUUUUUUUCUACAAAAAUUUAGAUUUUAGCCAUUGUAAUCAAAACCACCACCGAAUUCGACUGUCAGUUUUUGAUACAUAAUGUGCUGAAUUGAAUAAAUGUUCUAAUUAUUAUUAUUAUUAUUAUUAUUAUUAUUAUUAUUAUUAUUAAUGAAAUUCACCAAACAGCAGAGUUUUGCAUUACUGUACGUGUUGUCGUGUAUGUGAUGUUUUUUGUGUUAUUCAGUCCUUACAUGUUUUUAUACAAUAAGUACUGUAACAUGUUCUUUUCCUGGAUGUUUUCUACUUGCAAUAA